UGCAUGUUGCUGAGUCACUCUUGGUAAGUGAUACAGGUGAGGCCACCAUGACCCACAGGCUGUUUGAGGAGAAACACCACGCUUCUAUUUACCAGAAGUAUCGCCUCACUCCACCAGAUAACGUGAAGGAAAUAAUUCUGCAGUACCUGGACGAAAAGAAAGGCCCUCCUCAUGAGCUGGCGGUAGACCUGGGAUGUGGAACAGGACAGAACACUCGUCUCUUCUCUCCUCACUUCCAGAAGGUGGUGGGCAUUGAUGUGAGCAAGAACCAGCUGGAAGUAGCCAGAGCUGUGCCGGGGUUCACCAACAUCACCUACAGAGUGGGUACAGCGGAGGAGCUGCCGUUCCCUGAUGGUUCUGUGGAUUUGCUGACCGCAGCGUCUGCAGCUCAUUGGUUUGAUCAUGAGCGUUUCCUCAAGGAGGCUGCCCGCGUGCUGAGGCCUCGUGGGUGCAUGGCUCUCCUGGGCCACACUGCCCAGUUCAGCCUGCAUUACGGCUCCUGUGGUGACGGACUUGAUAACAUCUUUUCUGAGGUGAUGAAGGUUCUCCUGCCAUACUAUAGCAGUAGGAUAGCAGUGGCUGACAGUAAACUACAGGAUUUAUAUGAAGCCAUACCCUUCCAUGAUAAGGAGAGGAUUGAAAAUAUUCCAGCCAAGAUCCAAAUGAGUGUUACGGGUACUGUUGGUCUUCUGGAGUCUUUCUCUAUGUACCAAACCUACCUGAAGAAGGAGCCCCAAGCAGCAGCUUCUCUCUUACAGUCAACUAGAACACGGCUUCUGGAGGAGAUGGGUGUCUCGUCUCCUGACACUAAACUACAUGUUACAUUUCCGUACUAUGUUGUUCUAGCAUGUAAACCUUGACACUGGUUUGGAGUAUGGCUAAAAUGACUGUGUACCGUAUGUGUAGCAUUGUGAGAACCCUGUGAUGUGGGUCGUAUCAUCCGGGGAGAACAGCCUAACCUAAUAAAGGGGUUUUACAUGUGG